UGUCCACAUGGUCUGCCGCCUGAAGGUGGAAGAGUCCAACCGAACAGAUUGAAGGGGGAUCAGCCUCUCUACUGGCUGGAUGUGGGCGCCGUUAAAUACGGAUUCGCACCUGGCCACACCUACUCAUUAAACGUGUUAGCAAGUGACCCUCUGAGACCUUUCAGUGACGCGAUCCUCACAAUCCACCCUGAAGAAACCAGUCAGUGCGGAAGUGGAUCGUUUGAGCUGGACACUAGCGACCUCUACCAGCCGACUCACUGUCCGGGGGUCCUCAUCACAAACAGGAAACAACCCAUGCAAAUGUUGCCGUCUUUCCUCUGGAAAGCACCCGACUGUGGGUGUGUGCUUGUAAGAGCCACCGUGAUCCGAGACGGUUCUGUAUACUACCGAGACAAGUCAUCAACUUCCGGCCACCUUUCCAGACGUAUAUGUCUUAAGUAUGCAAAAGAUGACUUAACGACUGUGUCAGCCAAAAGAUUUCUUCAAAGAACCAACAUCAAAGGAAGUCCUUCAGAACCAGUAAUGUCACCGCCAAAUCCACGCACAACAGCAGUCGUAAAAGAAAAGACACCCAGGAGAGAAAGAGUAAACCUUCUGUGUGAUCUUUCUGUGGAGUACGACGGAGCUGAUCUGUUGAGGAGAAAGGUUUUUCUGAAGCGUCGAGGACUGAAACAUCUCACCAGUAUCCAGUUGAUCAGACUGGAGCUAGCGAUCAAUCAGAGGAUCAGAGACAUCAGACAGUGUUGUGCACUUCAACCGAGCGAGGCACGACAGGAGUGUGUUGAUGACAUCAGACGACGACGAAUCGACCAGUUCUGCGGCGACGGACACCCGGACGUCCCCUUCACCACGGACAACACGGACUUCAUGAAGCAGAGAGAGAAGAAACGUGUUGCUGGAGGCUAGGUGAACCCCGAUAUAACUGCUUUAACGAGACUUCAAGGAACUUAAACGUGCUGUCAUUACAUCCAGCCGCUGUCUCGCGUGAUGAAUCGGACCCCGUAAACGACAUCCUUGAUUUCCCGUCGGAGAUCAUGC